CACGCCUCAUAAUCCCUACUCUAUGCGUACUUGAACUCGCUAUCUACCGUUUCGAGUGUGUAUUAGCCGGUAGAUGGGUCGGUGAAACAGAUUAUUCGAGAUAGCUCUUGUUAUCAUCCACCGCAUUUCUUCGGCAUUUGCGCUCGCGCCUCCGGAAUUCGAGAUUUCAACCACACUGGCUCAAUGGCCAGAGCCACCUGACUGCGCAUAUUGUCUGGCCCGUUGUCGCCGUGUUUAAGCCGGCAUAUUAACACUCGCAACAGCCCUCAUUUCUACGAAUUUCGCAACUCUCGAAUCGGGGCGGGUUGCUAGCCCAACAGGCUUUGAAAUUUGGCUACGUCCUUGGGCUUGCUACUCCGAUCGCAUAUUCAGUCAUGUCUGAACGUUCAAGACCUCAAAAUAGCUCUAUUCUUGGGGCGUCAUGGGUCGUCGCGCCGGCGCAGCCACCGACUGAGGCUUCCGACACAACACCGCGACCCGAUCACAGCCACCAUGACAGUCUGUCAGAGUCCAUAUCCACCUCGUGCUCAUCCAUAUCGGGACCGGAUCUUAUCAUGCCUUCCAUAUACGAAGCACCGAUCUCCGAGGGCUCAUGGAUCGCACCGACUGCAUCUCCGAAACACGCUCUCCGACGCAGACACCCAGCAUCGUCACCGGUCCGAGACUCGUCACAACGUGCGCCAGCCGAAGUAAAAGAGAAUGCAACCCCUACAGUCGCAAAACACGAGGCCAGCAACAACCGCCUCCCUUUCAUCCUCCCCAGCCGUGGGUUCUUUCUACGCAUGCUGAUGAACGGGCUCCUCGUCGCCAGCAUCUGCCACAUGCUCAUCCUCCCCGAACUCGUCCAACAAUACCAAUCCCUCUGCUCCAUCCAGGCCUUCGCAACCCUCUACCCAGUCAGCUGCAUUCCUCUCUACCUCAAGUCGAACAACCCGAUCUCCCAACCGCACACCCAGCCCCUCUCCCAAACCACCUACAACUCCCUCGAAACCCUCUUGAACAACACCCUCCAAACCAUGGCACCGCACAGCACGACCCUCAAACACACGGAAUCCAAACUGCGCGACAUCCACCAACUACUUAAGAAACAAUACCCGGGCAGCAAACACGAGCUCGACCUCGAGUUCACCGGCUGUCUCCAAGCCACGCGCACGGCCACCCGGCGCUUCGACUCGCUACACGCGGACCUCCGAUCGGCAGUGGAUAGCCUGAUCGCCGCACGGGGCAGCGGUAGCGGUAGCGGUAGCGGUCGCGGCUCAGCGGCGGCCGCCGCCGCCGCCGCCGCGACGGGCAACACCAAGAGCUCAGCGGACGCGCGUCUCUCCACGACGCAACUAUCCCGACGGGAACAAUACGUCGAUCAACUGACGUCGCGCAUGCAAACCAAGGCCGACUCGUUGCUAAGCGACUUCGCCACCCUAGACGAUCACUUGGAGUCCAUCGCCGGCGUCGUGAAGCGGGAACAAAUCAACCACCGAAGCGGAAAUGAUGAUCCGCAGGGUCCAGGGUCGAGGUCUUCUUUUUCUUCCUCCUCCACAGGGCUCAAGGGCAUCAUGGUCAACGCAAUUUUCGGGACCUGGUCGCACCAACCACCCACAACCAACAACAACAACCAAAACAGCGAUGAUGACGCUUCCUCCACCCUCGCCCACCACAAUAGCAAAGAAGAAGAAGAUCAGCAAAAACCACCACUCCCCACCCUCUUCCAAGACGCAGCAACCCGCCAUCAACCAGUCAAGGACGCGAUCCGCAAACUCUCAGACGGACUCCAGCAACUCCAAAAUAGUAAAAAGGGAAUGUUGUUUCACUCGUGACGGGUGGUUGCCGGGUGCCUACGAGCAGAUACUGAGUAAGAUUUCCCCUCAUGAAGUACGUACAUACAUGGAUGUAAGACAUGCGUACGUCAUAAGCACGGUCCGGACAACAAAAAACAACGAAAAAAAAAUCCGUACCGCAUAUUUGAUAUCACGAUCGACAUGGCAGAACACCACAAAACUUGAUACGUUUCGAAACGCGCAAUCAUGAUUACGAUGCAUCCGGCUCUCUUUCAACUGGGCGUUCCGUUCUUGACAUCAGUUUGUCUCGGAGCGUCGGCCUGCAGUACUUAAUAACGUUAGUUACCUGCCACGACUUACAGUACAUGGUACUUGGGCUUUUGCAAUGCUCUCAUAGGCCAUAAAUCAAAGCCCACAUACUUAGUAUCUCCAUAGCAAAUGAUUCAAACAUGG